AUGGUUACCAACCUCGUCGCUACAUAUGAACUAGAUGUUGAAUCACCAGAUUCCAUCAAGGAUACAGCCAAAAAGAUGGCAGAGGACUUGGUAUCUUUCUAUCACGGUAACGAACCCGGACAAACCCCCGGUCUUCUACCACAACCGUAUUACUGGUGGGAAGGAGGCGCUUUCAUGGGCGCGUUAAUUGAUUAUUGGUAUUACACUGGGGACACCACUUAUAACGACAUCGCUCAGCAAGGUCUACUUCAUCAGGUCGGCCCGUAUAAUGACUAUAUGCCUCCUAACCAGACACUUACCGAGGGUAACGAUGACCAAGGAUUUUGGGGGAUGGCUGUCAUGACCGCGGCUGAGUACAAAUUCCAGGACCCGCCGUCAGAUCAGCCGGGAUGGUUAGCACUGGCUCAGGCUGUUUUCAACACUCAAGCUGCUCGAUGGGAUCCGGAGGACUGUAAUGGCGGUUUGCGAUGGCAGAUCUUUACGUGGAAUACCGGCUUUGACUACAAGAAUUCUAUCUCGCAGGCAUGUUUCUUCAACAUCGCCGCACGAUUAGCGCUCUACACCGGCAACACUACCUAUGCCGACUGGGCUGUCAGGACGUGGGAUUGGAUGGUCAACGUCAAAUUCAUUGACGAUAAUUAUAGGGUCUACGAUGGAGCGCAUAUCGGUGAUAACUGUACUACUAUCAUACCGUAUGAGUUUUCGUACAACGUUGGUGCAUUCCUUCUAGGAUCAGCCGCCAUGGUCGCAUAUACAAACAAUUCGAACCAACAGGGCGAUGUUGAGAUGUGGCGCGAACGUGUAGAUGGUCUAUUAAACAGCACAGAGGAGAUAUUCUUUUUCGGAAACGACACGUCGGAUCGAGUUAUGAUCGAGAUUGCUUGCGAGCCAGUUGGUUUAUGUGAUACGGAUCAGCAAUCAUUUAAGGCAUAUUUGAGCAGAUGGAUGGCCGCCACUACAAAAUGGGCACCCUGGACUUUCGAUCGAAUCAAAACUUUGCUACAGAAUUCUGCCGUAGCUGCCGCGAAGCAGUGUACCGGUGGUGAUAACCACCGAAUGUGCGGGUUAAAGUGGGCGAAUAACAGCGGUGUCUGGGAUGGUUCGACUGGUGUUGGACAACAAAUGGCGGCUAUGGAAGUGGUGCUGGCCAACAUGAUACAUGAUGCUGAGCUACCGGUUACCAAUAGCACUGGUGGAACCAGUGUUGGUAAUCCUUCGGCGGGUGGCUCCGAUAGUGGACGAGUGGAUCCUAACGGGCGGUUUUUCUCUGGCCCGGUAUCUGGAGGCGAUCGAGCUGGUGCGGCCAUCUGUACUCUUGUCGUACUCUUGACUCUCCUAGCCGGAGCGAUCUUCAUGGUUGUAGAUGAAACAAAAUCAACAACUGAUAACUGGACCAACUUUCGCUCGGGUAUCUCUACCGCUUCCGGGCCAGCCGCAUUGGCAGCUCUAACACCAGGCAAAAAGAAGAAGGCUAUGAUAGACGAAAAAGGAAAGGGACUUGGGAUGGAAAGAAGUUCAAGUACUGAGACAGGCGAGAAAAUCCCGACGGCCUAUGCAAAUGGCAGGCUACAAAAGCGCCCGGAGAGUUUACAGCAGGCACAGCCUAUAAGGCCAAUAUCAACCUCGGGCGUACUAUCUUCAACGACAGACACCGUACCAGCGACAACUACGACUAACGAGAACCGUAUGUCAACCGCUGGAAUCGGCCAGAGAGGGUCGGUACUUAGGAAACAGAGACAGUGA